GAAGGGCGGGGUUAAUAAACCGGAAGUGCGGCCAAGGCGGAAGCACGUGCGGCGCCAUGGGGAUCGGGGGCAAAAUCAACCGGCCCCGCACGGAGCUGAAGAAGAAGCUGUUCAAGCGGCGGCGGGAACUGGCGCGGGGGGGGCACAAGAAGAAGCGGCGGGCACAGGCUGAGCCCCCCCCGCUGUGGGGGAAGCGGCGGCGGAAGGAGCUGAAGCGGCUGCGGGCGGCGGCGCGGCACGCUCUGGAGGCGGGAAAAGUCAGCGGGAAGAAGCCGGAGCCUGAGGGCAGCCGCGACGUCGAGAUGGUGGAGGCGGUGGCAGAGAAGUGACAGCGCACGACACCAGUGCAGCACCAGCCCCUCCCCAGUGUUCCCAGUGCAGCACCAGUGUGGCACCAGUAUCCCCAGCCCCUCCCCAAUGUCCCCAGUGCGGCACCAGUGCAUCACCAGGCCCUCCCCAGUGUCCCCAGCCCUUUCCCAGUGGCACCAGUGUAUCCCCAGCGCCUCCCCAGUGUCCCCAGUGUAUCCCCAGCCCCUCUCCAGUGUCCCCAGUGUAUCCCCAGCCCCUCCCCAGCGUCCCCAAUGCAGCACCAGUGCAUCCCCAGUAUCCCCAGCCCCUCCCCAGUCCCCUCAGCAAUAAAGGCGUCCUUGGCUGUCGCUCUGUGCGGCCGUUUG